UAUGCCGAGCUGUAUGAAAACCCUUGGACGAUCCCAAAUAUACUGUCAAUGGCAAGGAUGGGUUUGGCGCCAGUUUUAGGCUAUUUGAUUGUGGAAGAAAAUUUCAAUGUUGCCCUAGGUGUCUUUGUUUUGGCUGGCAUAACGGAUUUGUUGGAUGGAUUUAUUGCACGAAACUGGGCUAAUCAGAAAUCAGCUUUGGGAAGUGCUCUUGAUCCUCUGGCUGAUAAAAUUCUCAUCAGUGUGCUCUAUGUAAGCCUAACUUGUGCAAAUCUUAUCCCAGUUUCACUUACUUCCAUGAUUAUUCUGAGGGACGUAGCGCUCAUUGCUGCUGUUUUUUAUGUGCGAUACAAAACUCUUUCUCCACCGCGAACACUCAGUAGGUAUUUUAACCCCUGUUAUGCUACUGCCCAAUUAAAACCAACAUUUAUUAGCAAGAUGAAUACAGCGGUUCAGCUAAUUUUGGUGGCAGCUUCUUUAGCAGCUCCUGUUUUCAAUUAUGUGGACAGCAUAUAUCUGCAGACAUUAUGGUGCAUCACAGCUUUCACAACAGUAACAUCUGCGUACAGCUACUACCACUAUGGCCGAAAAACGGUUCAGGUGAUAAAUAACAAAUGAAUUAUUCCUGAAAGGGCUGGGUCUUGGCAGCAUGGUGUGCUGUCCUG